UCGGUGCUGAUGUUAAUCUAUUUUUCAUUUCCUCCAAAAUUUUAUCAUGUUUUUCAUUCCAAUCUCUUGUAGAUUCCUUUUUUGUAAGUUCAUAGAUUGGUGCCAUAAUUCCUGCAAAUCCACGAAUAAACCUCCUAAAGUAACUAAACAUGCCAAUCAAUGACCGUAAUUCAGCUAGAUUUUCUGGCCUCUUAAUUUUUAAUAUUGGUUUUAAAUCAGAAUCAUCCAGUCGCACUCCUCUUUCAGAUAUCAAGAAUCCUAGAUAUCGAAUUUCAGAACAACCCCAUCUGCAUUUUUCUGCUCGUAGCUUCAUUCCAACCUCACAUAAAACAUUCAAAAAGGCAUUUAAAUCAUUUAAAUGUUGA